GUGUACUUACAACAGUAACUCAGAUCGAUCAAAGAGGGGAAAAAAUGGCAACCAACGGUCGAAAUUUCCCACCUCAGAAACAAGAACAUCAACCAGGGCUAGAGCAUGUCAUGAAUCCAUCCCCACAAUUCAUGAACCCUAAUUACAAGCCUGCCGGAAAGCUUCAAGGGAAGGUGGCACUGGUGACCGGAGGAGAUUCAGGCAUCGGGAGGGCUGUUUGUUACCUGUUCGUGAAAGAAGGUGCAACGGUGGCCUUCACUUUUGUGAAGGGCCGAGAGGAUAAAGAUGCAGACGACACCCUGCGGUUGUUACUUGAAAACAAGACUGGUGAUGCCAAGAACCCCAUAGCCAUUGCUGCAGAUCUUGGGUUCGACGAAAACUGCAAAAAGGUGGUGGAUGAAGUCGUGGAAAACUACGGACGUAUUGAUAUUUUGGUAAACAAUGCUGCAGAACAGCACAAGACCAGUUCCCUUGAUGAAAUCACCGAGGAUCGUCUGGUUAGGGUUUUCAGUACCAAUAUUUUCUCUCAGUUCUUCUUAUGCAGGCAUGCGUUGAGGUACAUGAAUGUUGGGAGCAGCAUCAUCAACACGACAUCGGUGGAUGCGUAUUUGGGCAACCCAGAGUUGAUGGAUUAUGCAUCGACAAAAGGUGCAAUAGUGUCCUUCACAAGAGGACUGGCUUUGCAGCUGGCGCAGAAAGGGAUUCGAGUAAAUGGGGUUGCCCCUGGCCCUGUUUAUACCCCGAUCCGACCAGCAUCCAUGGAGGAGAGUGAUGUAUCAGAAUGGGGGUCAAAGACUCCGAUGGGUAGGGCAGCUCAGCCCCAUGAGAUUAGCCCAUCGUUUGUGUUUCUUGCAUCCGAUGAUUCUACUUACUUCACUGGCCAAUUUCUGCAUCCUAACGGUGGAAUGAUCGUGAAUGGUUGAUGGUUGGCUCUUUGGAAUUGUAGAAGUGUAAAACACAUGUAAACGUUGUGUAGAUAUAUCAAAAAUAAAAAGUGUGGUGCCAUAUAGAUCUACAUUAAGUUCAAUUGUCCUGUGUGUAAACAUAUAUAUAUUAUAUAUAUAUAUGUAUAUGUAUGUAUAUGUAUCAAGAUAUAUAUAUGUAUAUCGAAAUAAUGAGAGUUGGUUUUGAAUUUUGUCGUCAA